AUGGCUUCAGUCGACCAAUGUGAGCGCGCGAUAAGUCUCUACACCGAGCUGAGGAGCUCCGGCAAGUAUCCGCCCUGGAGAGAAGUGGACAUUGCCGGAAUGCUCGCACAGGGUGUGGACGACCAACACAUCAAAGCUGAAUGGGCUUAUGUGGUGAAAGUAUACCAUGACUUGAGAGGCGAUGUGGGAUCGAUCCUGUGGCGAAUUACCAGCGGGGGGCUCUUCGUCAAUCCCAACGUCAGUGUACAAACUGUUGAAGAGUGGAUAGAGAACGGAUUGUCGGAAUUCAUCAUCCGCCUAGAGUACAUUCGGUCUGUACCUGAGCCGGAUAUGCAUACUGCAGAAGCGUUCUUGAACGAUUUGGAAUGGGAAACCAGAUCCAGCAUGCCUGAGCCCUUUACGCCAGAAGACAUCUUGCUCUUGAUGAAGACUGGAUGGACAGGCGAGCAGAUCGCUACCGAAUAUGUGGCUCUUCAGCACAUCAAGUAUUUGUCCGACCAAGCAGUACAUCCACGACAAGGCGUUAACGAAGAGUUAGAGGACGCAUGGAUCGAGCUACAUUACGGUCUUCUGUACGCUACUACGCAUCUGCCUUCCGAGCCUGUUGUCCUACGGAACAUGCAUCGUUCCCAAGACCAAUACAACACGUACUUUGCAUCCGCACCGGCUGUCGAUCCAUUACUCUUCAACGCUAAGACCGCAAGAUUGAUGACGGCCAGAGUGGUGAAAUUGGACAAGAUACUGGACCAACGCAUCAAGCAAGGCGGUCAUCCGAAGGCUCUGAACACGAUGUUUACGUCGGAUGAUCUGACAGCGUAUCGAAAGAUCCGUGCGAACACCGAAAGCGGUACGGAUGACCUAGAUGUGGAGAAUGAUAGCCAGAUUUGGCAGUUCCUUAUGGACCUGGCGGCAAGAUUGCAUCCUCAUUUAGCUGAACCGCAAGAACAAGCAUCGAUGACGGUACAGCCUACCAAGACCGCGAAGAAAAGUAGGUUUAACUUGAAAAAGUGGACAGAUGCUGAACGUCAUGCUCUCUGGCGUUGCAUCAACGCAUGGUGCAAGGAGCAUGGCAUAGACAAAUUUCAAGCAAAGAACCUCGAUACCGACACAUUGCAGAACUUUGCAAAUAGCAUCAAUGCAGUGCGCGCAGGCCAAGACGACGGAUUAGAUCGUACCGCGGAGACGGUUCAAGGUCUGGUGAGAGACGCGAUUCGAAGGGACGUUUCUCUAGCGAAUAGGCCGAUCUUUAACCUGGGGGAGCGUGCGAAGAAAAUGGCCGAGGAUAUCAGAAACAACAGGGUCAUUCCGGACAGUGUUAGAUAUCCAGACGAGGCUAUCGAUAUGUCAGGUAUUCCGUGA